UGCAUGGGUGCGCCCUGUACUGAAAUAAUCUGACCAUUGUGUAGCUGGCCUUAUCGAGGUCCACCACUUUUUGUGGCCUUUCCUGAAAUUACUACAGGAUUUUCACAGUGGAAAAUUGGACAUCUAUGAUGUGAUUGUGUUCGACAAAGUGCUGUGAUACAUGUGACUGAUAAUCUUGGAAAUUUCAAAUAAGUAUUUUUCUCACAUAGUAAAUUAAGAUCUAGCAAAAUGUACCAAUACGUAGCUUUGGCUAUAUUCUGCAUGUUGCGAGGUGCGAACGCUCAAGUCACAGCCCAGGCUAACGUGGCUCCAGACUUACGGGAAUGCUACACGAAUCCCAUCCUUCUGGACAGGAACAACCUGCCUCCUCCAUCUAUACAGACACUCGUAGACAUCAUACAGAAGAUUGAGGAUCAUCCCAACGUGAACGUAGAUCUGCGUAUGCUGGCCGUCUUGUUACUACACACGUAUCGCCAGGAUGGUAUUGAGUACCACGCACCAGAGUCUGGAACCACAUCAUCUUCAGUGCUCCCGUUCGCACCGACCUUCCACGCUUUCUACCGCCACAGACUGCUGCUCACCAAAUUAAUUCCCAAUAAUCAUCAGGCUUUGCCCAAUGACACACUGCCUUCUACUUUAAAAUGUGCUCUCCACCAUAUGCUGUCGACUUCCGUCGACGCCAGGGUGCGCGGCGACGAGAACACAUGCGGCCAGAACGCGGAGUACCGCGCGCUCAGGACUCCACGUGCCGCUGGGGUAGCUGAUGACGUCGAGGUCUUCGUGCCCGUCCCGUCCAUAGAAGAUACAGAAUACGGCCAAAUGAGGCAGUUCAACCCUGACGCUGAGGUGCAAUUCAACGUUAAUUCCAGUCCAAUGCGGUCUGCCCGUCAGCUGCUGGGAGAAAGCACUUGUCCCAUACUCGACGGAGUAAUCCACACUUCCUGGGGAGCUACGUCUGCUGGUAACGUGAUCGCCGGAAUCGCCGCAGGCGCAGAGCUGCAAACGGUUUCCUUGUCGGACCUCACCAAAGGUUCAGUUUCGACUUACGAAAAUGUUCAACAAACUGUUCAGAACCUUUAUCCAGCGACUUUAACAGGUGACUUGGCUGAAGCAGUUCUCAUUCAAGGAACAAGGGCAAGAACUGAGAUCACCGUCGGUAGUAGUGGCAACUUCAACAGCUCACAGGCACGACGGUUUUUCAUGUUGAGCAGUCGUCAGAACGUGGAGAUGACUGACCCAGAAAUCAGGGGAGACAUUGAUGGAUUCAUCCUCGGCAAUAGAAUGAAUAAUAUUCUCCAGACUUUUUCCACGUUGAAAUUAUCUCAGCUACUCGAUAUGUACUACUCACCCAGGAACGGAGUAUUCGACGCCUCAGUCCGCGCCUGCAACCGCCGCGACCUGACUACUGCGAUCCUCAGUGACAACGCUCUGGUGACUCAGACUGAGUCCUUUGCUGCUGCUUUGAAUGCCAACAUGCUUCUGUCAGGCACUAUUACCACUGGUCUGACAACUCUCGUUACCAGUGCCAUCAGAAACUUCCAAUCUUACACGCAGAGUAACAUGAACGACUUGACAUGCAGUAUAACAGAAUCCUCGUCUGAUAUAAGAUACCGUACCAAUCUAUACAUAGUGCUGGACGCAACUUGGCCGUAUGCAACUAUUUACCCAGCGAUCUCUUACCUGGUGGACUCCAUCGAAGUUGGCAAGUUCGGGUCCAGUGUGACUUUACUAAGCGCCUUCGACGGAAGCGUUGUGGUUAACAAGACCUUUAGUCCUUCAGAUUUCUAUUCGGAAUACACUUUGCUGAAGCAUCAGAGCAUGAUGUCAGGAGUCAACUUAGAAACAGCGUAUACCAACAUCAGAAAUAUUAUGCAGUGGUCGCUUCAAAAUGAGACUGCCUCCAAUUAUGUUGGUGGCAACUCCAGCGUUCUACUCUUCCUUCUUAACUCUGGAUCCAUACAAAAUAAUCAGGCGACAUUUGAACAAGCACGCCAGUUAAAUGAAAGUGUUCCUGAUUUAAGAGUACUCUUCGCUACUUCAACGAACCAGUUUGAUAACUUAUGGAAUUUGGUCCGAGAUAUGCAUGACGACAUUCAUGUCAUUUCUCUUACAAGCACGGGAGUCAACGUUGCAAAUAUACUAGCAAGUGUCACAAAUAGAAUUUUACAAGCCAAUCGCAGAAUUAUAAACCCUCUUUGCAAUUUUGAAUUCAAUGCUGGAUCCUCUGGGAUCAAACAAUUUGACGAUUUCAUCGAUCCAGGAUAUAUACAGUUCUAUGCAGUGAGCCCCAAUUAUUUCUUUGGUGAUAACGGCAACUCUAAAAUUCGUAUAUCUCGCAGUACUGCUGGCGCUGGGACACUCACUGUCUGUUACUCUAGAACAAUAGUGCAACCCAGACGAAAUGGCACAAUUAUAGGCGUGGACGACAAUCUGAUAACUUGCUCGGAUUUAGCCAGCUCCAGCAACGUCGAGAUUAAUCUGCAGGGCGCUUGUGACGGAUACUCUACCAUCGGUUCUUGUCCUCCGAUGUACAUUUCUAUACAGGCUGUGGCGUCCACUACCUCUAAUGCCGUAUGCACAGAUACUCGUUUGUGUCGGUUCCCGUACAACCUCCGUUACACCGUGCAAAUCGAAGAUCUGCAGUGCUUCAGCAGCGCAUCAAGCAUAGGAGCCAGCGUCGUUGCCAUGAUAGUCGCUGUUUUUUUAAUGUUUUAAAUACCGCCAACAAUAUUUAAGAAUUUGUUUAAGACCUUACAAUGACAAUUACUUACCAACGUUGUAUUGUAAUUUAGUAAUUAAAUUUAAAAUAUGAGGUAUAUAUUUAGUAUAGUUUUUGGAAAACAUGAAAAGGGUAAAAUAAAAACAUAUUUGAUAUGUCAUAAACGUAGUAGUAAAAAUUAAAUAAAUAGUAACAAGCUCAGCAGUCAAGCAAGAUAAGUAGGUAGGUAACUAUCUAUGUUCAGAAUCUAAUGAGUUGAGAUUUUUAUUAUACAGGGUAGAUAAUGAUUGUAAACAAUUAUAAGCUAAUAAACAUUCAAAUAAAUAUUAUGAACAUUGCAUGCAUUUUUAUGUAUUAUUCGUAGGCAGGUAAAUAGGCAGAUUUUAGAGUUCAGAGUUUAAAAUAUUUUUUUACCAAUAAAUUAUAAGGAAAAUUA